GGAGAGAAUCCGACGAGAGCAGGCUUCUGACGAGUUUGAUCGUGUCAUGGAGGCCAAAGUUCGCGCCGGAGGUGUACAGGAUUUUCAGCUAGGUGCCGAUGGUGCCUUGGAGUUCAGAGGUAGGAUCGUGGUCCCGAAGGCCGAGGCAUUGCGGAAGGAGAUUUUAUCAGAGGCACAUACCGCACUUUACUUGGCCCACCCCGGGAGCACGAAGAUGUACCACGACUUGAAAGGGUCGUUUUGGUGGAGAGGCAUGAAGAAGGACGUCGCCGAAUUCGUUAGGCGAUGUCUAACCUGUCAGCAAGUCAAGGCCGAGCAUCAGAGUCCAAUUGGCCUCCUACAGCCACUGCCGAUUCCAAGGUGGAAGUGGGAGGAAGUCACUAUGGAUUUCGUUACGGGAUUACCGAGUUCGGCUGAACAUCACGACGCUAUCUGGGUCGUGGUCGACAGAUUGACCAAG